GGUUCUUUCGGAUCGCAAGGAAGCUUUACCACUCCCGAUUUUCAUAUUGGCUGCUUGGGAACGCUUCCUCUUGAGCGAGGAGGGGGGGCCCGGGUUUCGAUUGUUCAUCGGGAGUCUCCUGGUGGCGGCGAACGCCAGCUUGCGCUUCAGCAUGCCUUUCGGCCUGGUCUCUUGUGGUUUCUACGGGGACACUGCGGCAUAUUAUCACUCUUGGGUUUGCAAGUACUUGCGUUAUCGGCUUUCCGAGGUGCUCUUGUGGCGGCGGGGCUCUCGCCACACGAGGUAUCGUUCAAGAAACGGGGGCUUCAAGGCCAUCAUCGGUCUUCUGCCAAUGGGUGUGUCCUGCUUUACAGCCGGGAUGAUGUUCAUGGUGCUGUCUUUCCACACCUCUCCGGCUCAUUUACGCGGUGGAGCCUGCGGGGGAUUCGGAUGUGGACUCAUCUUCUUCGUCUACGUCCUCGUCCGCACCGUCGACCCAGCAGUCUCGCUCUUGGACGAAGGCACAAGGCUUGCCAGGCGAUCGUUUGGUCGACCUAGGGCUCUUUGGUGGCACAUGGCGACAGAGGAGGCAAGCACCCUGGAUGCGGAAUUGCUAUCCUUGGCAAAGGAAUGUCGCGUCCCACAAGAGUAUCAUGAGAUACUCCAGGGCUUUGAUGUUCCUCUUUUCGGUUGCCUAGUUUCCGAAGCAUCCCAGUUGGACACGGCGCUGAGCCAAUUGUUGGAGAAUUCGGAAGAACCAGAGUCGGCUGCUGGUAAACUUCGUCUGCUCUCUUCAUUGCGGCUUUUGUUUGAGUCAUGCAAGAAACAAUCUUCGGCGGCUCCAGCAAACAAAAGGUCAGAUUCAUCGGAGGAGGCUCGUUCUUCGGCAGCCGGCUGGACUGAGCAGUUCCCGCCUAAGCUGUCGGGCGAGAAGGUGAUUUCUCUUCAAAAGGCCUUUCAUUCGCGGUACCCAGGAGAGGUUCUAGACCCCGAGAACUUUCCUUCCUCGAGGCUACUUGCAUAUGCUGCCAAGAUCGUCCAAAAGGGAGAGCUCAAGUGGGUGCCGUGGAAGAUUAGAAUGUGUCAAUCUCAGCAAGAUUCCAUGGCCUUGCGUCGCCCCACAAAAACCCCGAAGCUGGAGGAUCUUCUUUAUGACGAAGUGCCGCAGCGGGAAAUUCCCUCGGGUCAGGUGGGAGCGAACUACCUUUCAGGGAUCAUGGGUCUUCUUUCGACUUCUCUGGCAAUGCUUAACGGGGCCCACUUGUCAGUUCUUCGAAAGUUUGAGCGCAAAUUCAUCCGGUUGGCCACUCAGAAGAUGGAAUCCGGACUUCGCAACCCCUCUGGGGAGGAGAUCAUGAUGGCGGAUAGACAAUUGUGGGGUCAGAUGAGUGACCUUGUGAACCUACACAAUUGGUCUCUGGAUGGCCUUCAAUCUUCGACAGGGGGAGCCAAAUGGGUGACGAAGUUUGAGGACAAGGGCAAGACCCGCUUCCUAUGUCGCCCUGAUGCUGUGACUUUGUGCAGUUCAGAUGCUGCUGAGCAGUUCGAUUGGGCUGGACGUUCUCAGGCGAGCUAUUUCAACGCCGGGGCCCGCGCGGGAUCACAAAGUGGGAUAUGCAAUUUUACUUUUCAACAUGAGCUUUUGGUCAAGUACGUGGUCGACUUUGGGUUCAACUCCCGUCGGAAUGUCUUCCGCAUCUUGAGCGUGUUCCUCCUCCUGACUCUACGGCGGAUUCUUCACUCCGAGGGGUUCUGGUCAGUACUAGGGGAUCGCUGGGUGAUCACAGCCUACACUUCUGCUACCUGGCAAUCAUUGUCGGGAGUGGAUUCGAAGCGUCUGGCGGACCUUCAUUUUCCAAUGCCGGCCAAGGAGGAUUCACCGCGUACCCCAGUGUCGGGGCCGGCUCCCGCGUUGCCGAGCCCUCCAGAGAUUUUGGAGCUACAACAUGUUCAGGGCAAUCUCUUCGUUGAGCUUUUUUCGGGUUCAUCUCGACUCAUGUCUCGCGCAGUGGAAUUAGCCCACGCCACUUUCAAGGCCGGCGGCCAUUACACCUUUGAGAAUCCGGCCAACUCGAUGAUCUGGGAUGAGCCCGCGGUUCGCCUGCUACUUCAGAAGAGCAGUGCAGAUGUCAUCAUCGUCUCGGCCUGUGCAUACGGUUGGGAUAUUUACAAGCGCUGGGCUUUUGCUUCCACUUUCCGGGACAUGCAGCAGCUCGCCGCUGAUUGUCGCCACCCGGACGGGUCUCAUGCCCAGGUUGCUGGUGUUUUGGAUUCAUCCGGCGGCUUCAUCUCUCAGCAGACUUCGGAAUUUCCGGAGCUCCUGGCGGCGAAGUACGUAUCCUCGGCUCUCCCUCUUUUUCAGAAGUCCGAGCAUCCGGUGGAUGUAUCCCUGGACCAACUCUUGCAAUUAUUACCGACCAAAGGUCAAUUUGAUCCCCCGUUUGCACAUCAAGACGGGGCUGGCAUCUUUUCGGUUCCAGACUGGUCUUUCCCUCCUUCGGGCGCAGUGGACAAGCUGGGCCAAGUCAGACAGGCCCUUAUGUCCAAGCUCUUUGCGAUGAAGGCUCCUCUUCGGCUUCGCGAGCAUGUGGCCUCCAAGGCUGAACAGCCUCUGUUCUCGGACCAGGAGGUUUCAGAGUUUCGGGCGGUUUUUCAGGAAUUCUUGGAAGCAUCGUCCGGUCAAAGGGUGGACUGGUCGGUGAAACCUCACCAACCAUACGCUCUUCAAGCAUUGCGUCAACUUUCGGAAGUUCUUGAUGACCCCGAUUCCUCUUUGUUCCCAACGUUGUUGGAGGGCGCCCCUUCAGGGUACUUUCAGGACAUUCCUCCCAGUCGGGUUUUCAUUCCUCUGGGAAGCGAUUCAGCGCCUCCGACAGAUCAGCUGGUGGUUCACAAUUCCAACUGGAAAGGUGCCCGGGACAACCCGGAGGUUUUGGAAUCUUUGAUCCAGGAGGAGCUGGCGAAUGACUACAUCGAGGAGGUCUCUCUAGAGGAGGCUCGGUGUCGCUGGGAGCAUGUUGCAGUGGGAAAAUUAAAUGUGGUGAUAGUCCCGGACAAGAACCCUCGUCUCACAGUGGACGAGACGAUUUCAGGCGUCAACCCAUCAUGCUGCAUCCCUGAGCGUUACAAUCUUCCAGGCCUUUCAGACCUCCAGGCGGGUUAUCCACUUCGGGGUCCGGCUUCGAUCCUAGGGGUUUUUUCCCUGGACGUCAAGGCAGCUCAUAAGUCCAUUCUUUUGCGCGAGCGGGGCAGAGGUCUCGCUGGCAUUACUUUUCAGGACAGGACCUUCUUCUACAGGGUCAUGCCGUUCGGCAUGUCUUGCAGUGCAUACUGGUGGCAGCGGUUAUCGGGCUUCCUGGUACGGACGUGGCACAACCUUCUAUGGUUGAGCCACUUCCUGAGUAUUUACGUCGACGACCUCAUCUUGGCAAUGCAGACUGGGGCCUUGGACAUUUCGGCGUGCUUGAUCCUGGCGUUUGCUGCAGCCUUCGGGGUUCGCCUCUCAUGGCCCAAAUUACAACUGGGUUCAUCGGUGGUCUGGAUAGGCUGGAGCUUGAACUACCGUGCAGGGACGGUUCAGGUUACUGCAACAAAAAAGGAGAAACUCGCACGCGUUCUUCGUCCUCUUUUGGGAGAGGGCAGAGUGGAGCUUCGAGACCUUCAGAAGGCGCUGGGAUUGCUUCAGUGGCUCACUCAAUUACACGUGGAGCUGCGUCCUUGGUUGUCAGUUUUGUACGACGAUGCCACUCGUCCCCCAGCUACAUCUUACUCCAUCGACCCUGCUUUCUGGACUCAGCUGCACGCGUGUUUGAGCGAUGCCUUGGUCUUCAUCACCGUCCCUCCUGGCACAGCCAUUCCUUUGGGUUCCAAGCUGGUAAGCGCUCGCCACGUCGACAUCGCAUGCAAGGCUGAUCUGCGGAAGGUUCCUUUGACCUCUAAAAGGAUUUGGCUCCGCAUUGCAGACCCACUGGCACGCUUCCGUCGGCUCUCCAAACUGAGUCGGAAGCUACUGUAUUUCUGGUAUGAUUGGAGCCAGUCUUAUCACUUUCAUGAGUGUCUUCAUUUGCCUCCGCGUCGCCUGGAUUGCAUCAUGGCGGCGGACGCUUUUGCUUCGGGCGAGGAGCUUGGCAUCGGCGGCUUCAUCGAGUUCCCGGGCUCAUCACCGAUAUGGUUCAGCGAAAGGUACAGCUUGUCGGACUUCAAGUACCUUGAUCUGCCUCUUCAUCGCGAUGCUCAGAGGGACAUAUCUUGCUGGGAAACAUUGGCUCAAGUGGGCCUGAUGCUUCUUUUUGCUCACUUCUGUCCUGGUGGGCGAAUGCGACUGACACUGCCAUCUUUUUCGGAUAACACAGGCGCAGAAGCAGUUUGCGCGAAGCUUCUGACGACCAAGACUCCGCUUUGCUUUUUUGCACAGCUGGUGGCGAUGGUCAGCACACGUCUGGGCAUUCGGCUGGACGUUCAACACAUUUCUGGCGAGCGGAAUAUAGACGCAGACCUGCUUUCCCGCUGGGAUGAGAAGGCCCUUCUCGGAGAGCGUUGGAAUCUUGAUAUGCGGUAUCGCUUUUCCGUUCAAGAUUUCUUCGACCAACGGCAUGAUGUCAGACUUUUUCCUUCGGAUGCCAGAAUCCUUUGGAAGCUCCCACGCUGA